CCCAAACAAAACAACUCGAACGUUGGUGUUGCAGUUUUAGAACGAAUUUUGAAUUUCAUUUGCACAGUUGUUCCGAGAAUUUUUCAAAGGAAACAUGAAAGUUCUGAUUGUAUUCGCCCUGAUCGCCUUGGUUGCCGUGAGCGCCGAUAGCCAGAUUCUCAAGUACGAAAACGUUGCCGACGGAGAGGGCACCUACAAGUUUGCCUAUGAAACCGACGAUGGAACGUCUCGCGUCGAGCAGGGUGACCAGAAGGGUGAAGAUCUGACCGUGCAGGGCAAUUUCCAGUUUGUCGGCGACGAUGGCCAGGAGUACAAGGUCAAGUAUGUUGCCGAUGGGCAGACUGGAUUCCGUGCUGAAGGUGCCCAUGUCCCGAACGAGUACGUUGACAAGCUGUCGACUUUGUAAGCUAUGUGAAUAAAAUGUGUGAUAUAUUUGA